AUGGCAAAACAUAAGUCUUCAUCACAGCAAGGCGCCAGUGGUAGUAGUAGCAGUAGCAGCAGCAAAUCUCGAGGUAUUAACUUAACAAGUUCAAGUUCGGGUUCAAGUUCAAACUUUUCUCAUCCGAUUAUAUCUCAUGGAGUAGAUCUGAAAAGAGAAGGCUCAUCAACUUCAUCUUUGAUUCCUCAAGCAACCAUCAGUAAUCCUAUACCUGCUUUGCCUAAACGGCAUCACAGUAAUACGGCCCCUCGAACUCAUUCACAAUAUAAUAAUGCACAUGUAGAUCCACACUCUACUGAGAUGGCUGCAGCACAAGCCUCACAAACACACUAUAACCCAUAUGCCAACCCAUGCAAUAAUUCUCAACCUUUGCCACCGGCAACACCAACAACUCUAGUUUCACAUUCUCCAUCUAGAAGUAGUAGCUCUGGAAGCCACAAAUCAUCAAAUGCUUCACCUUACUCUUCGAUUCAGCCCAUAGCGUCUAACGCCACCAAUAAUACAUAUUCACCCAUUUCACCCGUUUCUUCUAUUCGAACAUUUCAUUCUUCCCAUCAUGAUAAUUCACAUUCACAUUCACAUUCACAUUCUCGUCACCCAAACUCACGCUCAUCUUCUGGUCAAAAUUCUUCUGCUGCAACAAUCCGAUCAUCGGUGAUAUCAAUGCUAGACGAAACAGCAUCAAUAUCAUCUAAGAAAAUGGAUCAAGUAGUUAUUCAGAAACCCAAAGAUGAUGCUGAAAUUGAACAAAUGUUUAUCGAGUUAAUGAAUAAACGUGAUUUUAAGAGUCUUCCUAGGAAUGUCAUUGAUCAAAUGAUGGCCUAUGAUCCAGCUAAGAAAUGGGUCCUUAUUCAUCAAGACAAACUUUCAGAUGUGCAAGACCAAAAACGGCGCGGUCAACAGUCUAAAGAUAACUAUACCCCUGAAUGGUAUGUUCGUAAAAUCAUGGACAAUACUAUUACCCAACGUCACUUGGGUAACUUAUGGGUUUCACUACGUACUGAGCGCGUUGACUGGGUUCGAAGUUUUUUGGAUGCUCAAGGUCAAGUUGCCCUUGCUACUGUUCUCACUCAAAUUAACCACCGGGAAACUAAGUCUGAAGCCACUUUGGAAAGAGAAUACGAUAUUGUCAAAUGCAUUAAGGCAGUGGUAAAUUUUAAAGAAGGUGCUGAUCUAGCACUUCAAACAGCAAAAACCGUUCCAGCUCUUGUUGGAUCUUUGAAUUCUCCCCGGUUGAUGACUAGAAAGUUAGUGACUGAUGUUUUAACUUUUUUGGCCCAUUGGCAAGAGCCUGUUGGUCAUCAUCAAGUCCUGUCUGCUUUUGAUACAAUUAAGGUACAAACAGGAGAUAUAGGUCGAUUCGAGUCUUGGAUGCGGGGUAUUGAAGAGACUCUUGAUGGUCGUGGCAGAAUGGGUUCUCUUGUUGGUGCAAGUGAUGAACUUAGAACUGGUGGUGUUGGAAUGGAAAAUCUCUUAAUGGAAUAUUCCUUAACUACCCUGUUUCUUGUCAAUGUAAUUGUCAAUGGAUCACCAGAAUUGAAAGUUCGGAUUCACAUUCGCUCUCAGUUAAAAGCAUGCGGUUUACCUCGGAUUGCUGCGAAAAUGCUACAAUUUAAUCAUGAUAAUAUAAAUGAGCAGAUUCAGAAAUAUGAUGAAUCGGCGGCUUUGGAUUAUGAAGAUUUACUAAAUGUUGAACGAGAAGAAGACAUAAAAGAUAUGGACAAUCCUACCGAUAUUGUCAGUGAAAUAUGGUCUAGGGUCAAGGAGACUUCGGCGGAGGGUUACUUCGUUUCGGCUAUGCAGCAUUUUCUUUUAGUUCGUGAAGAUCCAUCGGAUGAAGGUGCCAGAAUGUUUCAACUUGUUGAUGCCAUAUUGUCGAACGUUGUUAUGAAUCAUGUAAACCCUGAUGCCAAUUUAAACAAUGCUCUUCAUUUUUCUGUUCAAUCCAUUCUUGAUCGUCUGCAAACCGAUGAUCAGGCUAAACGUGCUCUUAAUGAAGCCAAAGAGUAUCGGCGUGUCGCUGCAGAGGCAUGUGCUGAGCGCGAUUCUAUGCGUGAACAACUCAACAUUGGCUCUAAAGGGUAUGUUGAAAAGCUUGAACGUGAGUUAGAAGAGGCAAACCAGUUGUUGAAUUUGCAAAGAAGAACAACUGAAUCUCUUCGUGAAGAACUCGAAGAACUCAAGAAAAGUCAUUAUACGGAGCUCCAAAACAGGGAGCUUGAAAUUCGUGAAUUAUACAUUAUGUUAAAGGAGUCUGGUGCCAUGAAUCAAGCCCAAGACACCAACUCUCGAGGAAUUAUUGACCGCGAAAAAAUGGCUCGAAAGCUAGAGGCCCAGCUUGCUCGAAAGAAAAUUGAUCUCAAGAUGGAAAGUAAGGCUUCAGAAAUUGAACCGAGUCCUAAACUUCGACAGCUUCGUGAUCGGAUGGAGACCUUGCAGCUUGAAGCUAGAGAGCUUGAAACAUUCAAUUUUGACAGUAAUCAUGAUAAUCAAUCUAUACCCCUGCCUCCGCAAAAUGAUGCCCCAGAGUUUGUUAGUAAUGUACAAACUACCAAGGCAGAUCUUUAUGAACAACGCCAGCUUCGUAUGAAGCGUCUCGAUGAACUUCAAAAGGAAUCACAUAGCUUUGCUUCGUCUUUCAAUGACUUCAGUUCAGGAAAUAUGAGUACAGAUAGCAGUAAGACUAAUUCGCUCAAUAGUGACCGAACUUCAUCUCACACAAGCUCUGAUACUGAAUCUGAAAAGAAGCCUUCUGAUGAAAAAUUUAAGGCUCCUCUCUCAACUCCUGCUCAACCCCCUGCACAUGUUUCAUCUUCCCAUUCCCGUCACAGUCUUCCAUUUUUGGGUGAACUUACUGCUAAAGUUCACAGAUCAACAUCUUUACUUUCUCCUUCUGCAUUGAAAAGCAAAAAGCUUGGCAGAAGAGUUGCCAGCACAUCUCAUAUUGAGAAACCCAAUGUCAUUUUACCAGAAAAUCCAGAAGUACCAGUAGUUUCGUCCAAGGAAAGUGUUCAACCACUGGGUCUACCUGCACAAAGUGAAGAGGAUAAUAUUAAUGUCCCUGUGCUGGAUUUACCUCACAGUGCUUCUUAUGAGGAUGAACCGUCAUCCACCAUAACAAUAACAGAUUCUAUGAACCAUAUUGCAAUAGAAGAGGAAGAGGACAUUGAUGGGGAUGAGGAACAUGAGGUUUUAGAUAUUAAGGAACACAGAAAAUCUAGAAGACUAAGUCGGAAACCUCGUGAAAGCGACAUUGAAGAGGAAGAAGAAUUAGAUUAUGAAUCUUCAGAUGAUGAUUCUGGUGAAAUACAUGAGCCAGAACCUGUUUCUGUCGCUCAAAUGCCACAGGGACUUCUUGCAGCAAUUAUGACUUCUUCUGUUCAAAAGAAUUUAGACACACUGUCACCAAUAUCUUCUCCUCCUCCUCCUCCUCCACCACCUCCACCACCACCACCUCCUCCUCCUCCUCCACCCCCUCCCCCACCACCUCUUCCUGGUGUUUCCUCUGCUCCACCUCCACCACCACCUCCUCCUCCACCUCCACCUCCACCACCACCUCUUCCUUCAGGAGUUCCACCACCUCCUGCCCCUCCAGCUCCUCCUCUUCCAAUGCCUUCUGGUACAAAAGUGGGACCUGUUACAAAGCCAUCUAUCUCUUCCAAAGAAACAUUUAUUGGAAACUAUAGACCUAAACGCAAGCUUAAACAGAUGCAUUGGGAGAAAAUUGAAAAGGUUGAUCAUACUGUUUGGGCAUCAGUCACAAUUGAAGGGUCACUUAUUAAUGACCUCUAUAAUAAAGGUGUUUUCGAUGAAGUUGAACGCAUUUUUGCAGCUAGAGAAGCCAAGAGAUUAGCUGGAAAGAAGAAAAAGGAAGAUCAAAAGAUUUCCUUCUUAACUAGGGAUGUCUCCCAACAAUUCGGAAUCAACUUGCAUAUGUUUUCCACUUUAGCUGUGGAUGAACUUGUCUCUAAAAUUUUAAGAUGUGAUCCUGAUGUGUUACAGUAUACAAAUGUUUUGGAGUUUUUGUCUAAAAAAGAGAUGGACGUUACAAACAAUCUUGCUCGAAACUUUCAGCCGUAUAGUACUGAUUGGACCAGAGAAAAUAGCAAGCAGCCUAAUAAGCCUGAAAAGGAUCCUUCGGAACUUGCACGUGCAGAUCAUAUUUAUUUGGAGCUAUGCUAUAAUCUUCAGCACUACUGGAAGUCAAGAAUGCGUGCAUUACUAAUUGUCACUACUUAUCGUCGUGAUUAUAAUGAUCUGGUUUCUAAACUUAGAGCCGUUGACGCAGCUUGUGAAAGCAUUCAUUCAUCCGAAAAUUUCAAGAGUGUCCUUGAGAUUAUUUUGGCUGUUGGAAACUAUAUGAAUGAUUCUUCAAAACAAGCCAACGGUUUCCGCCUAGGAACUCUUCAACGAUUAGCAUUUACUAAGGAUGAAAAAAAUACUAUGACAUUUUUGCAUUAUGUUGAAAAGAUUGUUCGCACCUCUUUCCCUUCAUUAGAAAGGUUUUGUGAUGAACUUAAGGAUGCCAUAGCAGUUUCUAAGCUUUCAAUUGACCAGCUUCGUGCUGAUUCAAAUGAGUUUAUGAAUACCAUUAAAAAUUGUCAAACGUCUAUUGAUAUUGGCAACCUCAGUGAUCCUUCAAAAUUUCACCCGAAAGAUCAAGUUUUAUCAUACGUCCUUGCUGCGCUUCCAGAAGCACGGAAAAAGAGAGAGGCACUCAAUGAUCAACUGCAAUCUACACUCACUGAAUUUUCAAAGCUUAUGAAAUAUUUUGGUGAAGAUCCUGAUGAUACCCAGUCUGUUUCCACUUUCUUUUCCAAGUUUUCUACUUUUGUCAAUGAAUAUAAGAAAGCCAAGAAAGAAAAUAUUUUGCGUGAAGAAGAGAAUCGGGCUUACGAAGCUCGUAAACGUCUGGCGGAAGCACCAAAGAAAUCAGAGCAACUUGAAUCUGGUGCUGUUUCUCCAACUGGAGGUAAGCCCACAAAAGUCAUGGAUACUUUAUUAGAAAAGCUUAGAGCUGCAGGGCCUUCUGGUGAUGCCCGAUCAGCCCGACGUCGUGCAGCAGCGAGAAGAUCGCUUGCAGACCAAAGACGAUCCCUGAGUAUUUCUAUAUCACAUCAGGACGAUGAAGAAGAUGAAUCUCAAAAACAUGAUUCUGUGGUGAGCCUUGAUGUUGCUGAACAAUUCUUAGGUGAGCAUGAGUCCACACUUGACAAUCCAGAAGUUGAUAGAGAAGAAGUUUUAGAGCACUCAUUAUCUACUGAGGGAAAGCCUGUAAAAAGAUCAUCUAUCACCAGCGAUAGUGGUACAGAUUCCAUAAAUCUUUCUUCAACUCCUACUUCUAGCGGUGAUGUAUCCAUCUCUACAGAUGCAUCAGUUACUGAUGAUGUUGGUGGUAGAGCUCGUCAAUUGCUGCAAGAACUGAGAAGCGGUAGUGGUGAAUAUAGUUCAAGCCGAGGAACUUCGCCUGCUGCUGGUCGUCUUGCUGAGAUGCGUGCAAGACAAGCUUUACGAAGACGAUCAAGCCAAGCGCAUGAUUUAACUAGUUUAAGUGCACGGUUGUCACAGUCGUCCUUUGGACCAGUUAAUUUAGAUGAUGCUGACGGUAAUCCUGAUAUUGUUCAUGAUCUAACACCUGAUUUACCAGAAGAGGAAGCUAUUGAUUUAACAAAGCAAGAAACAGAGACAGAAACGGAAGGAACUUCCGAUGAUGAUAGUGAUGAAGAAGAGGAUGUUAAAAUGUUUCAAAAAAAUUAA